AAUCCAUAGUGUAGAAACUACGCAUAUAAUAUUAAAUAAUUAAAGUGCUAAAGUAAAUAUGAGCCAAAACAAGAACUUUUUGGGCAUCUCCAAUAAGGAUUACUAUGACAGGAUUUUUAGAGGUAUGAAGGUGACUAGGUCAGCUUCGAGGAAAAAUGCAGAUGAGGAAAAGUUAGAAGAAAUAAAAGACUUUGAUGUAGGAGAAAAUCCAUCUGGAAAGCACAAAAGAAAAUAAGCAAGGUAGUAAACGAGGCCGACCAGCUCGAAAGAAGAAGUCUAGCAAGUCCGAGAGUGAUGAUGAGCCGGAUGAAGACUCAUCCUCUGAACCAAAGAACAAGCUGGCAAAGAAAAGGAGCGACAAAGGGAAGGAUAAACGUCAGUCAGACUCUGACGAAGAGAAUUCAGAUGAAGCUGCAAGUGACAGUGAUGGAUCCUUUGAGAAACAAUCCAAAACAAAGAAAUCUCCUAAGACUCCAGGUGGUAGGAAAGAAAACCUCUCGAUCAAGAAGAAGCGAGAUGCCAAGAAGUCUACCGAUAAAAAGUCUGAUGAUGAAUCAAUGGAAGAAGAGCCUUCCCCUACUAAGCGCAAGAGAGGCAGACCCUCUGAGAAAUCCAAGAAGUCUCAGAAGAAGAGUUCUUCUGAGGGUAGUAAGGAUCAUGAAAUGGAGGAUGAAGUACCUGUUAAAGUAACCCCCUUCAUUCCCAAACCUAAGGAAACAAAGAAGGAGACAGACAGAAAAGGUAAAGUUACAAGUAAGAAAGAAAAGAAAAUAAAAGAUGUUGAAGUUGAGGAAUCCAAGUCAGCCGUUAAGACUAGGAAGAGACUUGAUAGAGGAGACACAGAAUCUCAAAAAUCUAAAGGCAGCAAGAGACAUUCUGAAGGAAGACACCAUAAAGCACCUGAUAUUAAGAGGAGAAAGACUGAGAAAGGAGAAAAGUCAACCAACCCAGAGAAAAAGAAACCUAAGAGGAUCGAGUGGCAGUAUGGCAAGUACUGCCCAAGAGAGAACUGGGUGGGAAAAACUGUGAAAGUCAAGUUUCCCGCCGAAAAUCAGACAAAAGGGGCAAAAUUUGAAGUUGGAACCAUAAAAGACUUUAAGACAGAUGAAAACGGCUACAAAAAUGUGUUCGAGGUUGAAUUCCAAAGUAAGAAGAAGAAGUGGGUCUACCUUAAAGAGUCCAAAAUGUAUGUCUUCGGGCAGGUUCUGCAACUCAGGUACUCUGAAGAUACUUCUCAGAUAGCUGUUAUCAAAGAAGCCUAUGGAUUUUCUGGAAGUAAAAAGACAGCUAUUCCUGUUCCUGUGAUAGAGCUUAUAGAAGCUGAGUACUUAACUGGAGAAGAGGCUAAAUCUUCAUCUGAAGAAACAAGUGAGAAAAUCCCUAUCCAAUAUUUCUUCUCAGAGAAGGCUAAGAAGAUUCUUCCUGAACACAUCCUGGAGUUUUCAAAUUUCAGUGAGGAGGAAGAUAAGAUCAUCAUGAAGGAAUGGACUAAAGGAGAGAAAAUUAUUGCUGAAAUCCAAGAUUACCAUCAAAGGCAUCUUGAAUGGGUCCAGAAGUACAGUUGAAUUGAACUUGAUUCUGAAGAAUCCCUGAAGGGAUAUAUAGGAAGAGUUGUAAGAGUCUUUAAAGAUGACCAAUACCUGUCCAAAGCCCUCAUACUAAGAGUUCUGAAUGAGGAAAAUGAAGGAGAAAUCGUGUACAUCAGACAUCUCAAAAAUUCCAAGAGUAAAUGGGUGAAUCUUAAAGAAACCGAUUCGUCUAAAGGAGGGAGCCUUAGCUUCAAGCUGGAUCAAAUUAAAGGAAUGGUCACCUAUGAUUCACUGAGAAACACCAUUUAUCCUAAAACAAGGAUGGCUCUACCUUAUGUCUUCACUUACAAUGACGAAAGGAACAGGACUCUUAUCGAACAAGAAUGGCAAUUUGGAGACCCAUUCUUUAGAAGCGGUGUCUGCUCAGCCAGCACGAGCAAAGCAGAGGAGCCCUGCAAGGUCUGUGACCAAAGAAUCGAAAUGAACUCGUAUCUAUACUGCGACUCAUGCGAGAGAUAUUUCCAUUCAGGAUGUUUAGAGGAAUCUUUACAAAAUAUUCCAUGCAGAGAAGAAACCUGGAAGUGUAGAAAAUGAUCGAAAUGAGUAAACUGCGUUAGUAGUGUCUUAGAAGUCAAGGAUUCUCACUUGGCAACAUCAAGAAUCUCUGGCUCAAGUAGGAGUAACCCGAUCCUAACCUGUCGGGUUUGUAACGUCACAACACACCUAAAGUGUCUUCCAAGUGAGAUGCAGAAAGCAAUUCCAUCGACAAAGCCUGGGAAACUAGUAUCCUGGAAAUGUAACAGAUGUUCUAUCUUCACUUGCCAGAAGUGCUCUAUUAAAGUGUCUUGGAGGACAAGGAACAACAAGUGCUCUCGAGCUUUGGGUUACUGCCCAGAAUGCCAUAAGAAGAAGGUAAGGAAGGAAUACUGCCCUAUUUGCCUCCAAUUUUGGAGUUAUGACAAGAAGGAAUCAGAUUACUCCAUGAUUGAGUGAGGAGGCUGCAAAAUGUGGGUUCACAGAAUUUGUGAUUACACCUUGACUGAAGAGGAAUUCGCCAAUUACGAGAAUGGUCUCAACGGAGAAUACUCAUGCAUGUUGUGUCGGCAGAACAAGAGAAGGAGAUACCUGCUAAAAAUCAUCAAGAUAGCCGAAGAUAAGGAUAAAGACAGAUGGUUCCAGGAAGAAUACGAUAAAGAAGAUUACAGAAGGAUUAUCAAGUCUCCUAUGUAUUUCUCUAAGAUGAAGGAGAAGAUAGAUCAGUACCUAGUCAAUGCAGAGUUGUUCAAAAAUGACUUCAUACUCAUAUUUCAAAAUGCUUUUGACUAUAACAAGCCGAAAGAUCGUCCUUACAAAGAGGCGGAGAAGAUUCAUGAAUUCAUAUCUGACCUGCUGAAGAGAAAGAAGGAAGGACUUGAAAGAAGACAGAUGGAGAGCAUUGAAGAACAAGAACACCAGAAGUGGGUCAGAGAAUGUAUCAAGAAAGAUCCUAACUUCUUAGAAACUUCAGAAUACAUUGGCUCUGCCAUGAGUGAAAGAUUAAAGAAAAGAAAAGCUAUGAGAUAUGUUGAUGAAGACCAGUCUUCAUUCAGUAAAGAAGAAUAUAAGUCCAAAGCCUAUAGUGAUACAAGAAGAGUAUCUUCGAGGAUCUCUCAUGGUCAAAAGAGCAAGAAUCCUGAAUAUGAUUUCACUUCUGAUGAAGAAAUUGAGGAAUUUAAGAAGCAAACAAAGUUUGAUCUCAAGAAACUUGGAGAAUAUCCUUAUAAAGCCAAGCAUUUACUUGAGAAACCUGAGGAGCUAGAAGAUCUGGAUAUUAAACAGUAUUAUGAUAAUCCAGUUAGGUGCUGAUUUGAUGAUCCCUCAUUAGCAUUCUCUCCAUUAUGAUUCCUAUGUGGGGCUUUUGGCAAUGAAGAUGAGUUCCUGUUCUGUAACUUGUGAGGAGAGUCUUUCCAUUUGUACUGCAUUAAGUUCAAGGAGGAAGAUAGAAAUAAAAUGCAAGAGUAUUGGAAAUGCUUGAAUUGCAAGUACUGUGAAAUCUGUAGUCAGGCAGAUAGAGAGAAGAACUUACUCUACUGUGACCACUGUGACAAGGCUUUCCACACCUUCUGUCUAAAACCUCAGCUUUCAUAUGUUCCUAACUGUGGAUGGAAGUGUAACCACUGAUUCAAAUGACUACAAUGAGGAACAACAGACUUCUUUAAGAACCAGGCUGAGGAGAUAUCAGAGCAAAACAUUGAUUACUCGAUCUCAAAAGACUUCUCCCUGUGUCUUCAAUGUGCUAUCAUGGACUACAACAGCAAUGCUUCAGAUCAGAAAUGCAUCACUUGCCAACAAAAGCUGAAAUAUGUUCCUGAAGAUGUUGAAAUUAGAGAGUGUCUAAGCUGCUUGGUAAAGAACAAGAAAUUUAAUAAGAAAGCCUGCACGAGGAUUAACUGUGAAUUGUACCUGAAGAUCCAUCAGAUUAGUAUAAGACAUAAGUUGAUAUCUCUGAUAUGUACAAAUACUUUAUUGCCAUUUUUAAGCAAGUUUGGAAACCUUUCAAAUUCAUUGAUUAAAUCUUUCGUUAAUGAGAACAAAGAUUUCUUUGAGGAAGAUGUUGUCUUUCUUGACUGGAUCCAUGUCCUUGAGAUGGCUGUCAAGUUUGAGAAUGAAGAUACAGAGGCUAUGCCAACUAGAGGCCCACACAGGAAAGCUCUUAUAGCCUCUGGCUCUAUCUCUCCCGAGAAAUCCAAAACUCCUGGAAAGCAUGAGAAGUCUAAGAAAAAUCAUGAAAAAUUUAAAGAGCUGAGCAACAAAGCGAAGGUUAAAGCUGAAAAGAGGAGAAGGUUAUUCAAAAAGAAGCAAAUAGAAUAUAUUUCUUGGAAUUAUCCAGAAAUCGAUGAACAGCAGGUCAGAGACUUCAUAAAUCAGAUUACCAUCUAUGAUAAUGUAAGGAGAGACACCUCCUUCUUUGAUCAGUUGUUUAAUACUACCUUUAUGCAAACCUCCGAAGAAGGCUUUGACCUGGAUAAUUAUUUAAUGACGAAAGAAACCAUUUCUCCUGUCUUACUUGACAGAGGAGUUCCUAUCUACUUGAACACGGCAUCUAGCUCUCUUGCUUUAUAUGAGAGUUACAUGAAGCUUAUUAAACCAUGAGCAGAGAUAAAUCUACAAGCCUCUGACCUUGUCAGAUGUCUUUUGUUUGAUAAAGAAGCAAAACUUGAAUUCAGAUACGAUUCUCCAAAUCUCCCAGGAAUUCAUGCUAAAGAACUGUUUCCAAGCUUCCACCAAAGAUUUGGAAGUUGGAGCUCACAGAUCAGGCCUGAGGUAAAAUCCCAGAUGAUUGUUGAAGAAUUCCAGGACUGAAUCGGAGAAAAUCUUCUAAAAAUUGAACCUAUUGAUACUUUCUGGAUGACAGUCCCUGGUUUCCUUCUCUCAGCCUCCACAAAGCCAGCCAUUGAAGAAGAAAAGGAUGCUGAAAUGGAAGAUAUCGAAGAGUGUAAGAUAGACACAAAGAAACCCACUCCUGAACCUCUUAAGAGCGAGAGUGAGAUUCAACACAAGCACUGGGAAGUAAAUAUUAGGGAAAAACUAAACCUGAAGAACUACACUAGAAGAUAUCAAGGUGGCAAGGCUAAAAAUAAGGCAAAGAAGGUAAACACAAAUCUUGCUGCAAUUAGCAACCUCCAGAAAGUCAUGAGCCCAGCUGAUGCUGAUAAGAUCAUGAGAGAUAUUAACCUUGAGAAGGACUUUGAACUUGACUACCCAGAGUUGUUGACUAAAUAUGAGUUCCCAGGUGUCCUAAGACUGAAGAAGAAGUUCAUGGUCUGGUUCUGAAAUCACAUGCAUGUUAAAAUUCAGCAGAAGAAAAGAGAUCUUGAGGAAAAGAGAAUUCAACGUGAGGAGAGAGAACGCCUUAAUAGACUUAGAGAGGAAGAAGAAUAUGAAGCCAAGGCUAGAAAAGAUACUUCCCAAGUAGAAAUACAAAAGCCUAAGGGGACUACCAAUGUCGAAGAUAUAGAUAUUGAUGAUUUAGACCCACUUGAAGAUAAUCCAUCUAAAGUUUUGAAAUGCUCUUUCUGACAAAGAUCUGGCCAAAGAGAGAAAUCAGGAAGGCUAAUUCCUUUCAGAGCAAACCAGUUUGUCCAUACCAAUUGAGCUAUUUGGACUAAUGAUGUUUUUGAUAACAAAGACGGACAUAUUCUGAACUUCUAUUUCUCAUACAAGAAGGCUAGAUUAACCAAAUGUGUCAUAUGCAACGAACUUGGAGCCUCAAUCUCCUGAGAAAGAGGAAAAUGUGCAGCUGUUUAUCAUUUCCCAUGUGCUCUCAAGAACGGGUGCUAUUUCACCUUUCUUCACAAGACAAUUGUAUACUGUACAAGUUGUAGGGCUUUGUACAGAGAUAAGGACAAGAAAAUGUAUGGAAAUUUCCAAGAGAUGAUAGACUACUCUAGACUAUUCGACACAAAGAGGAGGCUCUACAUAGUCAAAAAUAAAGAAUUUGAGACAGACUACAACAAGAAAGAGAAGGUCGAGAUUGACACAUGGAGACCGUUUUUCUAUGAUUCCUUCAACAGAGUCGGAAAUUGUACCAUUUUGAGCCUCUGUGAGAAUGCCGAUGCUCUUAUUAAGGUCAUAAAGGGUGAAUCAUUUUCUUUACACAACGCCUCAACAUCGGUGAGUUCUUUCUUGAACAAUUCACAUCACCAUCUGAGGCCAUAUACAUCCUUGAGGAUUUAUUGGAAAAUUGCUAAUAACACUCAUAUUCCAGAUGAAGAGUUGAUCCAAGGGUCUAACAUCUGCAGGGAUAGAUCCAAAUCCUUCUAUUUAUGCUGUAACGACCAAGUGUCCAUUGUUGAGAAGAAAGAUAUUAACUUACUCAGAAAGAAUACCUCUGACACCAUCACCCAGAGACUGUGGGGAAAUCACAAAAUGUUAUCAAAAUUGAGACUGAAGGAGAUCUGUAGAGACGACGAUGAAGAAAUGAUGCCUGACUUAAGAGCCCUUAAUGGUGAUAAGUUCUGGGAUUUACUCACUUGUUUCAUCAAAACUUCAAGACCUUCCUUUAAUUUCGCAAAUAUUGACUUUAAGUUAAAGACCUUCACUUGCGAGGAGAAGUUCCCUGUGAACUUCUGGAAUACUGCUCAGGCAGAGACCAAGAACAAACUGCUCUCUUCAGUAGAUUCCCAUUGGCUAUUAGCCCAAAAUUAUGACAAGAUGGAUAAAUCAAAUUUCUGCUCGGAUCUGUUCCUUGAGAAUGUGAUUAAGAUAAAUCAUGGUAAAGAGAAGAUUUCAUCGUUAUUCUCAAAGUCUCAGAAGGUUGUUCAGCCAAGGACUAAAUCUUCCCAUCAUGCUAACCUUGUCACUGCAGCUGAAGGACAAGAAGACUUGUAUGGAACUGUGACUGAUCAGAGAAACUUGCCGAUGAGCAUGAGGUAUAGGAAAUACACAGACCAUCCUAGUAAGGUCUGGGUCGGACCUUCCAAGAUCCAUUGCCAAGGCCUCUUCGCAAUAGAACCUUACUCCCAAGGUGACAUCGUUAUUGAAUAUGUCGGAGAAAUCAUUGGCAAUGAAGAAGCUGAUAGAAGAGAAAUUUAUUAUGAAAAGAGCGGAAUGUCUGACUGUUACCUGUUCAGAUUAAGUAGCGAUGAAAUUAUCGACGCGACCUACAAAGGAAACGCUGCUCGUUUCCUUAACCACAGCUGUGAUGCCAACUGCAAGGCCAAAAUAGAAGUGAUCAGUGGACAAAAGCAUAUUCUAAUCUUUGCCAACAGAGACAUAAGCAAGGGCGAAGAGCUUACUUAUUUCUACAACUUCGCUGUGGAAGCUGAGAAGAUUGAAUGCUUAUGUGGAGCGCCAAACUGCUUAAAGAGAUUAAACUAAUUGUGCCAAAUCUUCAAUUAUUC